CAUCCCAGCAGGCUUGGCAUUCAAAAAGAAGCUAAGAAGUUUUUUGACGGUCCCACAGUGAUUCAGUUAGACGCCAGUGCUCGUAGGCCUAACAUCAGAGAACCACAAAAAAAAGCAAACAAAAAACAGGCGAAAAAGUCAAAUUUCCUGUAGAGCUACGAUUAUGGAACUUCCUUCGAUGGUAGAACGUACUGGCGGACAAUUGGUGGUACGUAGUUUGGUCAGUGGUGCAGCUGUCUAUCAAACUCCUGUGGAGGCCUCCGAGGCUAAUGUCAAUCGCCAGGCAAAUCUUUUAAUGGGUGUAGAGCAAAUGGAACGACAAUUGGAACAUUAUAGUAUGACCAGUCGCUUGGUGGAAGCAAUGCCUGUGGUGCAGAUGAAUCGUGAAAAUGUGACAGAUGGACCUUCAACAGCAAAUUCAGAAUCUACGGCUGUCAAUGAGGAUGAUUUACCGCAGUGCAAAAUACGUCGGAAUUAUAGUUGCAAUCAAUGCGCUUUCUUUACGCAGAAUCCAAGAAGUCAUCUCUCACAUUUGCGUGAUGUACACGGCGAACGUAUAGUGAUAAAUGAAUGCAAGCUAUGCCUCUAUGCGUCACGUCACUUCCAGAAGCUGGUCCGGCACAUGAAAAUGGUGCACGGUUGUUCCGAUGAUGUGGGCGCUGUGGGACCCGGAGGCAUCGCUGGAGUUCCGAUGAGAGGCAAACGGAAUAUAAGUCGAGAGUUACGCAAACGUCGUUUGGAAGAGAGCAUUGAAAUACCGUCUUCAGUCAAUCCCUCAAUCAAUUCAGGUCUCUUGCGUAUGCUACAGAAUGGACCAUCGUUGGAGCAAUUGAAAUGUGAGCUACAGCAACAGGAACAACAGCUUAGAUGCAACAUGGAGGCCUACAAUCGCCAGCAGGAACUGUAUCAACUGCAAGAUAUAGUGUCUAACAAUAACAAUAUAUUUUCCAUGGCCUUUGAGUUUCAGUGCAGAAUGAUGCCAACACCCAUGCCAGCAGCCCAGUCAUCCAUACAGGCGGCUUGUAAAUUGGAACCGGAGAACAGCAGCUCUGAAGACUCUGAAGAAGCCAAUUCGGGCAGUCCAACGCCGAAUGGAAGGAACAGCAAUGCCUUUCAAUAUCAAUGCCACAAAUGCUCGUAUAAUACACCAAUCCGUGCCAGAUUCAAGAAACAUGUCAAAUAUCAUUCGAUGCCAUUGAUUAAGUGCAAUUCAUGUGAUUUUCAUACCCCAUACAAAUGGAAUUUGGACAGACAUACCAAAAAUCAUGGUGCCCAGGGUAUAUUCAAAUGCGCCGUAUGUGAUUUUAGUUCGGAUAUCAAACAAUCGCUGACCAUACAUGAGCAGAAUCAUCAUAUACCCACUGUAAGUCAGCUAAAGGCCGUUCGUCGUCCCAAUCUAGAGGAGAAUGAAGGAAAGCCUAGCAUUUCAAAGAAAUUGGAUUUCGAUGGUGAGCCGGGUCAAACGAAUAUUAUAACUUGUUCUCAUUGUCAGCAAAAAGUUCUAAAUGCCGGAGAUUUGAUUAAACAUUUGCAAGUUUGUGCAUCAAUCUCGCGAAAUACUAAUCAACAAUUGCCGCAGGGUAAUGAGUCGGAGCAAACUGAAGAGGAACUGCCGCAGGUUGCUAGUGAUUUGAGUUAUUGCGGCGUAGAAACGGCUCCGGGCUAUGGAGAGAUCAUAGAUCACCUUUCAUUGGAAGAAGUGAGCGAUUUCACUCCCUGGAAAAAGGUAUUCAAGUGUCCACAUUGCACAUUUUGGGCUGCCACAGCCUCUCGUUUUCAUGUCCACAUUGUUGGCCAUUUAAAUCGCAAGCCAUUCGAAUGCUCUUUGUGUUCGUAUCGUUCCAAUUGGCGCUGGGACAUUACCAAGCACAUUCGCUUAAAGGCCAUGCGGGAUAAGUCACACAAUCAGGCUCAAGUCCUGAUGAACGAUGAGACGGGCCGGCGUAAUUAUGCCAAGUAUAAUCAAUAUUUAACCUUAAUGAAAGUCAAUGCUGAUCAGUUGGUUGCAAAUCAAGACUCGGUUAAGGGAUUAACACGCGUCAGUGAUAAAUUGGAACAACUCUACGAGCCCAUGGAGCAAGACGACAAUUCAGACAUUAUGGAACCACCCUUGGAUUUAAGUAAACCCAAAAUUGAGACUGUCAAUAAUAAUGCUAAAGUUGGAGUGCCAACAUUUUCUGGCCAUAAGGCUUCUCUGGUUCUACCUUCACCUCCUAAACGAAUGAAAUACAAUGAGUCCAAUUCUGAUGAAGAAGUUCCCCUGGACUUAAGCAAAUCUACUUCUAAUUAAUUUACAUAUUUUUCUACUCAAAGAGUUAUUUUAAAACAAGAUGUGUUUGUGAAACAAAACAAAACCAUAAUAAAAGUUUCAUCAAAAUGUGUGAGAAUCAAACAAAUCA